UGCCCGCCAGUGUGUUUUCAGUCGUGAAAAGCGCGAGAUCGGCGGCUGCACGGUGCCCGGCACCCGUUUCCACGCCUCCGAGUUUACACAUACAGAUAGCAAAAUCGGCGCGAGUGAAUCGAGGGAAAAAAGACUGAUUUUGGUGGUUGGCGCUCGAUGACACCGUCCGAUCAGGCAUGGCAUUGGCCCUGCUCAACUCUCCGCGACUUCUUCCUCCAACCACGUUGAUUAUCUUAUCAGCAGGCAAACAUGGACGACUCUCGCUGUGAACUCAGAAAAAUGGACAACUUCACGGAAAUGGAGACCAACAACAACGACGUGUCCGGCAGGAACGACCCCUACCUGGAAAUCGAGCUGUACCUGAAGAAAGUCACGGACGAAAUUGGUGCUGUAUUUGACCAAUGGCAGAGAGAAGCCGCCCUGAAGCAGCAAUACCCUGACGUGAUCAAGCCCGACCCCAAAGACAGCUGCGACAAUGGACUCACCCUGACGGAAGUGCAGGAGGAGGAGGAGAAGAAGCAGCCCCUUGCGAGCAGUCCGCCGCUGGUUAAGAUUCCGCCAAAGGUGCCGCCGAAGAGGCCCAACCUGCUGCUCCCUGACCUGCUGCAACAACAGCAGCAAAAGGAUAACUGCACCGCAACCUCUUCGCCGGCAAACACGCCAACCUCGCCCUUGCUGCAACCGAGAGAGGUGGACACAUUCUUGAAGAAGGUACAAACGACGAUUCUCGGGGACAACCUGUCGUCAGACGCGGGCACCCAGACGCCGCUGUCCCGCAGCUCGAGCGUGGCGUGGCUGAGCAGCAGUCAUAGCAGCCUCGGUGGUGGUAGUGCCGGCGCCGACAGCACCUCCCCUUUCUCCAGCAGCGAGGAGACGUUCCUCUCGUCACACGGCGCCAAUGAGACAGCAGCUGACACGUCCAGUCCUGAACGCGAGAGCUGCGACAGCAACAGCGGAAAUGGCAGUGCCGGCGACCUGCUCGAGGGCUGGGGGUCCAGUCUGCCCCCUAUUGCCAAACGGGAUGGCAUCCCCUCUUGGAAGAGCACGGCCAGCGACAUCGACUCCAGGGUCAAGAAAAGACAGAAAAUUGAGACGUGCCAGUUGUUACACAGUCCGAGCUCGAUAUCGUCGCUGACCGGCUCUGCGUUGUGUCCCAAGAUGGGCGCCAAGUCGUCGUCGGCGCCCGUCCUGAGGAAGGACGCGGACCAAGACGGUCAGGACGGGGCCGACGACGAAGAGAACCAACGGAACUAUCCUCAAAUGCGGUCGCAUUCGGAGCAGCACGUAUGCGAAAUCGAGGCGGCGGAGGCCUGCCGGUGGAUGAGGGCAGCCGGCUUCCCGCAGUACGCGCAGAUGUACGUUGACAACCAGUUCCCGGUGGAACUGCAAGCCGUGCAGAAGGACCAUCCGUUCCUGGACCGCGACGCCCUGCGAGCCCUUUUUCGCCGUUUGCAAGCGCUCAACAAGUGCGCCCGCCUGCACCGCAGCGACGCAGGCCCCGCGGCGGCCAUCAACACCCAUCAGCACGACAACUACGAGAGAGGAGACGACACGCUGACCGGCGCCGACUCGGACGAAGAGGUCGAAUGUGCCUUGAGUGAUAAUUGGAUGUUUCUGCAUCAGUCGCGCCGCUGGUCGCGAAUUUUACCCCUCAACGAGCCGGCGUCGUCCCAGCACAGACCGGCGCCUCUGGCAGACGACGAAGCCGAACUUCCCGAAUGUGAUACUCAGGUCAGCGGUGCGGACGCGGACGACCUUUCCGAUCCGACUGGAAUCCAGAUGCCUUUGCAGAGACAGCACAGCAGCAGUUUGCCACCAGAUAAAUUUAAAACGACGUCUUCGGAGAUGGAAACGGCAUUAGUCCCAUCAAAUCUCAACCGAGUCAACAGUGAAAAGCUGAGAGAAAGAACCAAAGCGUUUCUCCGCAGAGUCGAGAGUGUGACGUCGAGGAGACAGAAGUCCAAGGUCGGCUGCAAGAAUGACGACAUUCCCAUAAUCGGAGCCCCUCAGGUGGUUGACGUGGAUGGCAUGCAAGAGAGGAUGAAAGUGCUGAACUGCGUGGAUCUGAACUCGCCAGAAGCCUUGGAGGCUGCCUCCCAAAAACCUAACGCCGGUCCCUACACCAACGCCAACAACAACUUGUUGUUUCCGGAAAAAGAAGACCUCGGUGCCCACUCGGACUCGGAGUGCAUCGAUCGCAGUUCGGCCUGGAUGGACACCGAGGAUAAAAAGGAGGACGAGCCGGAGGGGAAGAAAAAGAAAAAGGACGCAAAGAGGGCGAAGAAGCUGCAAACCAAGGACCAGAGGUCCGCCACCUUGAACCUGGACACAAAGAUUAAAUCUAACAAGAACAAGUUAAAACACGGUAAAUCCGACAAUGGCGGCCUUGCUGAUGUAAGUCCCGAAAGAGAAGAGUCGAGGACGUCGUUUUACGAACAAUUCCGCCGAAGUGCCUUCUCUAAGAGGCACAAGGAACUGUCCAAGGGCAGCUCGGAGGGAUCCAUUCACGAAGAGGAUCCGUUUCCCUCGCCCUCGAAAAAGUCUGUCACGCGGUGGCACUGUUUCGGCCGCAGCAGCGCGAUGCGGCGCCCGUCGUUCGUUAUGAACGUGGAGGAAACAGAGCAAACGCGACGGGGGUUUCCGCUGGCCUCGCUCUCCUGCGGCCAGCUGAUCGUGCUGCGCCAGGUGGCCAUGCUCAAGCUCACUGGCCUCAUGGAGACGCACUCGCCCUCGCUCAGGUCCACCGGCUUCAGCUGGGAGCUGCCCAAGUUCAUGAGAAAGACAGGGAAAUCAACCGUUCCAAAAGAAGGUGCUGUUUUCGGUGUGUCUCUUCACGAUCUUGUUCAAACAACCGGGCAGGCGCUGCCGCAAGCCAUCCAGACGGCCAUCCAGCAUCUCUCGCUACACGCGCUGGACCGUCAGGGAAUUUUCAGGCGGCCUGGAGUCAAGAGCAGAAUUCAGAAGCUCAGGCAGCACCUCACCGAAUUGGCGGCUGACGAGCCGUUGGAGUUUGCGUUGGGGGAACAGCAGGACUACGACGUCGCGGAUAUGGUCAAGCAGUUCUUCAGGGACCUGCCUGAGACUUUGAUGACCACCAAGCUGAGCGACACUUGUAUCGCUAUUUUCCAACAUGUCCCGCAGCGCAACCGGUACGAGGCGAUGAAGUGGGUCAUGAUGCUGCUUCCGGACCACCACCGCGAGGUGCUGCAGCUUUUGCUCUCGUUCCUGGGCCUGGUGGCGUCGCACUCGCGCUCCAACCAGAUGACGGCGAGCAACCUGGCCGUGUGCUUCGCCCCGUCCUUGUUCUACCACUCGUCGGCGCCCUUGACGCCCACCACCUCCAUCGACCUGUCCGGAGGCAGCACCGGGGGCAGUGGAAGUGGCGGCGGCGAGUUAAGCCGAGGGGGCAGUCCGCGGGCGCGCGGCUCCAAGCGCGCCAAGCUGGGCAGCGGCUCGCCGGACGCGCGGGAGCUGGCCGAGAGCCGUGCCGGACACGACUGCCUCCACUUUCUGAUCAACAACCACGAAGAACUGGUGCACGUGAACCAGGAACUGUUCAACAGUUGCCACUUCACCUCCAUGGAGGAGAGCGUGCCGCUCCCCCUCGACCAGCUCGGCGCCGACCUCGGACAGGACUGGCGCGCGUACAUGCAGUCCUGCAUCAAUGGCAUGCACAAGGAGCUCAAGGAGCGCUCCAGGGGAUGGGUCUCCGUCAACUGCCACCAUCCGCAGGUGGAAUUAAGCCACAAAAAGGUGGACGACGGGCACCCUCUGCGGCUGUGGAAGGUGUCAACGGAGGUGGAGGCGCCACCUGCCGAGCUGCUCAACCGCAUCCUUCGCGAGCGGAUCAUGUGGGACCCGCAUUUCGCCACAAGCAGGGUGCUCGCCAAGUUUGAACCGCAGUCCGAAGUCUUCCAGUACGCCACCUACUCAAUGUUGCCUCUCCCUCACAGAGACUACUGCGUUAUCAGGACCUGGAAAAGUGAUUUGCCCAGGGGUGGCUGUGUUUUGGUAGAAACCUCCGUGGAGUUCGGACAAAGCAAGGAACCCUUGUUGCCAGGCUGCGUCAGGGGCAUCGUCCUCGCGUCCAGGUAUCUAAUUGAGCACUGUGGUUCCGGCAGGUCCAAAAUCAUCCAUCUCUCCAGGAUCGACACCAAGGGUCGGGGCUUGGAGUGGUACAACAAGUGCUACGGACAAAUGAGCGCCCUGCAGCUGUCCAGGAUCAGGUCAUCGUUCACGCAGUACCUGACCGCUGAAGGCCCCGAAAGUAAGGUCUGACCCCGCGCCGAGGCCUCUCCUCACGAGACGCCGCCGCCGCGCAGAUGGAGGAUCCGGCCCAAGUAGUCCGGCGCCGCUCUAGUCAACGCGUUUUCGGAGCCCGCACACAUUCAAACAACCCGACUCUCCACUCCACACCCCACUGCAGUUGUUCUUGCGUCACACACAUGUAUUUUUAUAUUUAUACUCGCGCACUUUUAGUCUUUUCCACGCAAAAAUUUUAAAUACAUACACCGACCAAUGUACCUUUUACAACACAAAUAAAAUGUAACGGACCAAAUCCAUUGUUGUCGCCGCGUUAUAGGUGUUUCACGUGUGUCACUGAUAUUAAUUAUAAUUAAUUACUGCAGUCUCUGUGUACAGUACUGAUAUAUAUUAUACAUUACCACAAAAUCAAAAGAAUAAUCUCUCGCGCACCGAGCUGGCAGGGUUGUAAUAAUAGGUUUAAUUUAAAUAUUUUAACAUGAUAAGAGGGAAAAUUGAGUGUUUCUUGAAGCAACACGUCAAAUAAUAAUGAAAAAAUGCUGGAAAUUUUGUGAAUUUAUUUCAUGCAGUUUUGCACUAAAUGAGAUUGUAAUGAAUGUAAUAGGAAAUAAAAAACUAUAGCCCUGCCGACAGGUGAACUAACCGCAAACAAGGUGCUUCUCGCCUUUUUCCACGAUUUGUAAGUGUUUGAUUCCGAUGAUUAUGAAUGAUACAAGUUUACCAGUUGGAUGUUUGGAAUUUUGCCAAGUUUUAUUUGUGAAAACUCAAACAAGUCUAGUCUCCUUAAACAUAACAAGAUUUUCAAACCGAUUUAACAUUUAGCAGAAAACAAGUUUCACAGCAAUAAAUUAAUUAUUAUUUUACUGACUCUGGAGCAUAAAUAAAUACGCGGAAAUCUAUUUUUGUACAUAGGAUCUUAAGUGAAUAUCAUUUUGACUUUGAAUCGAACGGAAUCCACAUCCGUUUUAUUGUGCAGCACCAGAUCCAAUAAACCACGUUUAAAAGUAA